AUGGCGCAAAACAUUCAACCGAGCAACUACGUGCAGGGCUACUCCAAUUACACCCUCGCAAACCACCAGAGACGUACGGCCGAGACGGAGGCUGCCUUCCUGGUGCCGCUCAUUAAGAAGACAGACUACAUUCUCGAUGUCGGCUGCGGACCAGGCACAAUCACCACAGGCUUGGCCAAGUACGCCAGCGAAGGCACAACAAUCGGCAUCGAUAUCUCAGCAAACGUUUUAGAGAAGGCGAAGACAUUGGCUGCUGAGGUCAACGCCCCCACCGAGGGGCCAGGCUCCGUCGUUUUCAAGGAAGCCGACGUCCUGGAAAGACUCCCCUAUCCCGACGAUACGUUCGACGUCGUCUACGCUGCUCAUGUAUUGGGGCAUAUGCCGAUGCCAGAUCUGCCGCUGAGGGCGCUGGUUGAGAUGCGACGAGUCCUGAAGCCGGGCGGCAUCCUGGCCACGCGCGACGCGCUGCAGCAGCACUUCUACCCAGCGAGCUUAGACCUCGACCGGCUGUGGGUGCGCAACCUAGGUCGGGCGAUCUACAAAGGCGUGCCCGGCGCAGAGUCCCCGUCGACGAACAUGCCAAUCCUUCUCCGUAAGGCCGGCUUUAACGCCGAUGCCGGUCAGGUCCAUAUCGGCGCCCGAGCCGUGGUGUCCGCCGGGCCGGAGAUCCGGAAGUGGUUAGCCUGGCGUGCCACCGGCCAGCUGACUCAGGGAGACCCCUUUCGCGAGAGCUGGCUAGAUGCUGGCAUCACUGAGGACGAGAUUCAAGACACGCUGCUUGCCGUGCAAAAAUUCGCCGAGACGGAAGAUGCCUGGUUCUUGGCGGUGCAUGGUGAGAUGCUCGCCUGGAAGUAA